AUGUCGAAUCCCUUAGACACAGACGCGGGCUCAGAGAUGUUCGCCAGCUACGAGUCCGAACUGAAGCUCGUUCAGGCAGAUCUAAACCAGAAGCUCGACCAAAUUGCGGAAGUAAGCGGGGAGCAAAGAAAGGCUGCAAUUCGCUCCGCAGAGCAGGUUCUUGAUGAAGCGACAGAAUUGCUGGAUCAAAUGCGCAUGGAAAAGCAAAAUAUCCCCUCCGAAGCCCGCUCGAAGAUCAACAUCCGUUUCCGCAACUACUCAACAGACGUCGAUGAGGUCAAGCGAAAGUUGAAAUCCCUCACAGAUGACCGCAAAGCGCUCUUCGGAGACCGUUACACCGAUGAGCCACAGGACGAGCACCUCGAGCAGCGCCAGCAGCUCCUAUCUGGUACCGAACGAUUGGAGCGCAGCUCUGCCCGUCUGCAGCAGAGUCAGCGAACAGCACUGGAGACAGAGGAUAUAGGACGUAAUGUUCUAGCCGACCUCUAUGUGCAGCGGGAGACUAUCCAGAGUACACGGGAUAAUCUGCAUCAGAGUGAGGGAUAUGUCGAUACGAGUAUUAAGACGCUGAGGGGUAUGGCUCGUAGGAUGGCUACGAAUCGGAUAAUCACCAUCGCUAUCAUCACGGUCCUUGUUCUCUUGAUUGUUGCCGUUAUUUACAGCAAGUUCCAUUAG